AUGAAGUUUAAGUACAGCGUUUGCAAGAAAAGUCUGGUUAUAACUACAACAGCUAUAGUAGCAAUUGCACUUUCUAAAAUAGAAAUCUAUACAUUAGCAUCUAAAUUACCAUCCACAGAGCCCCUAGAGAAAUGCAUGGCUAUAAGCCAGCAGGAAGACAGGAUAAGUCCCUUGUUAGAGAAGAAAGAAGAAGAAAUAAAUAUAAGCAAAGAAAAGCAGGGCAUACAAGAAAUAGAAAAGCAGACGACUAAGAAAAACAGUAGUAGCAGUGUUGAGGAAGAAAGUUCAGCUGAAAAUAAAGUAUGCAUGAGCUCAUGUGUGUAUGUUACAAUGGCCAAUGAUCGUGAUAAUGCACACAAAUUAGUAAAAGAAUUCAAGAAGAAAUUAGAGGAAAAAAGUGUUUCUACAGAAGAGGUAACUGAAAAACCACAGACUACACAGAGACCAGACAUGCACAUGGCGGAGGCUGUUGGCUUACAGGACCAGGCUCUUUAUUCACUAGAUGAAAGUACGAAUGUGCUUUCUUUAUUGGUUGAAAAAGUGGAUUUAGAGGAAAGCAGUGCAGUAGAAAAUAUGCAUGAUGCUAAUCAAGCCGUGGAUGCAGCGAAGAAAGAAUACCAAGAGGUGCUAGCCAAGCUAUUAGUUACAAAGAGUACCUUAGAUUCGUCUUACAAUAUAUAUGUUGAAAAGGAUAAUGAAGUAGAAAGUAUUUAUUCAAGUCGUAAAAAGACUAUAGAAGCAUUCAGCGAAAAAUCGAAAGAAUUAAAGAAAAUCCGGAAAAAAAUAUUCGAUUAUUAUAGCUCCAACCAUACAGAUACUCCAACUGCCCUAGCAUCAGGAUCUAGCGAUAAAAUAAAAGAAAUCAGGAGAAUAGAAUCAGAUCUAGAAAGGAUAGGAAUAAAAAAGACAGAAGUGUGCAACAAAUACAAUGCCCUGAUUUCUGCAAUACAAGUAGCGAGAAUGACUAUAAAUGACGUAAUAAAAUUGCCUAUGUAUAUCCUAGAGAAUCAUAUAAAAUCUCAGGAAAUAUAUUGUAAUUUAAUAGACCUUGACUUAGAAAGCUAUAUAAAUGUAAAGGACAGAGAAAAGCUGAUUUAUUUAGAAAUAAAAAAACAAGGUUUGGAUUUACAAAAUACAGAGCCAAAUGAGGUUGGAUACAAUCCAAUAGGUGAGCAGCACGAUAAAUACACAAAAUGCAUAGAAGAGAUCAUUUGUGUAUUAAAAGACUUACAAAUUGUCCAAAAAAAUUAUUUAUCCGCUCUAUUUGAAAGAAAAGAGCUUUUUAAAGUAUAUAGUGCUGACAAUUCUGCGCAUAAAAAGCAGGAGAAAUGUGCAUCUACGGCCAAACAUACAUUGAUUGAAGUAAAAAAGAGACUUAAUAGAAUAACUAAAGAAUCUCAGAUUUAG